GAAACGGAGGAACCGGCGUCGCUUAAACAAAUGACGGGAGAGGUCGCGGCUCAUCUUUUAGCUCAACUGUGAGAGGGGAGAGAGACAGAGGAAGAGAGGAAGAGAGGAAGGAGAAGCAUGUGGACCGCGUCCUCGAUCUCAUGGAGGUCAUUUUCAGUCAUCCCCAUCUCCAAUUUUCCCCAAACUGUCGCGGUUCACUCGAAUCAACGACGGCACCUCUCAGCGCAGCCUCAAGAUGACGCCUCAUCUAGCGCCGGAGAUACCACCUUCUUCAAAUCCAAUCUCAACCUGAAAGAAAUUGGAGAUGGAAGACAGCUGAGAGGGUCAGAUGUGUUGUGGGCUUUGCAGAGAGCCGCCGCUCAGAAGAAGAAGAGAAUCAGUGGGAGUGGAAACAAGAAAAAGAAGAAGAGAGAGUCAUCCUCUGUGGGCGGCAACAGGGGAGGCUCAGCGGAGGAUUCCUUGGAUUAUAGCAAUAGCAAUUUGAAGCCCUUGUGCAUAAAGGGCGAUUGGGGAAGCAGGUUGGAUGACUUGGAAAGGCGUCUUCAGGAGCUCUCAGAUACUUGAAUUGAACCCAAUUUCAUUGUUUUUGUCCAAUACUUACUUUCUAUUGGGAAUAUAAAUUUUCUUUCAAAUACAA